CUCUGGUCUCUCUCCCCAUGACCAGGAGCGUGAGGAGGAGGUUGUCUGUGCCAUUAUGUGUGCGUCAGUCAAGUACAACCUCCGGGGUCCCGCCCUCAUCCCGAGAAUGAAGACCAAGCACCGGAUCUACUACAUCACCCUCUUCUCCAUCGUCCUCCUGGGCCUCAUCGCCACGGGCAUGUUCCAGUUCUGGCCCCACUCCAUCGAGUCCUCCAGCGACUGGAGUGUGGAGAAGCGCAGCAUCCGCGACGUGCCGGUGGUCAGGCUGCCUGCCGACAGCCCCGUCCCGGAGCGGGGGGACCUCAGCUGCCGAAUGCACACGUGCUUCGACGUCUACCGCUGCGGCUUCAACCCGAAGAACAAAAUCAAGGUGUACAUCUACUCUCUGAAAAAGUACGCCGAUGACCUGGGUGUCCCGGUGAGCAGCACCAUCUCCCGGGAGUACAACGAGCUGCUCACCGCCAUCUCUGAGAGCGACUACUACACCGAUGACAUCAACCGGGCCUGCUUGUUCGUCCCCUCCAUCGAUGUCCUUAACCAGGAUACUCUGCGCAUCAAGGAGACGGCGCAGGCGCUGGCCCAGCUGUCUAGGUGGGACCGGGGUACAAACCACCUGCUGUUCAACAUGCUGCCUGGAGGUCCGCCAGAGUACAACACGGCCCUGGACGUCCCGAGAGACAGGGCUCUGCUGGCUGGGGGUGGCUUUUCUACGUGGACUUACCGGCAAGGCUACGACGUCAGCAUUCCUGUCUAUAGCCCGCUGUCAGCUACGGUGGACCUGCCCGAGAAAGGACCAGGCCCCCGGCGGUACUUCCUCCUGUCGUCCCAGACGGCUCUCCACCCCGAGUACCGGGAGGACCUUGAAGCCCUUCAGGCCAAGCACGGCGAGUCUGUGUUGGUGUUGGACAAGUGCACCAACCUCUCAGAGGGCGUUCUUGCCGUCCGCAAGCGCUGCCACAGGCACCAGGUCUUCGACUACCCCCAGGUGCUGCAGGAGGCUACUUUCUGCCUGGUCCUUCGCGGCGCUCGGCUGGGCCAGGCGGUGCUGAGUGACGUCUUACAGGCUGGCUGUGUCCCUGUCAUCGUCGCAGACUCCUAUAUUUUGCCUUUCUCUGAAGUUCUCGACUGGAAGAGGGCGUCCGUGGCUGUGCCGGAGGAGAAGCUGUCUGACGUCUACAGCAUUUUGCAGAGUGUCCCCCAGAGGCAGAUCGAAGAAAUGCAGAGACAGGCACGAUGGUUCUGGGAAGCGUACUUCCAGUCGAUUAAAGCCAUAGCCCUGGCCACCCUGCAGAUUAUCAACGACCGCAUCUAUCCGUAUGCUGCCAUCUCCUACGAAGAAUGGAAUGACCCCCCGACGGUGAAGUGGAGCAGCGUGAGCAACCCCCUCUUCCUCCCGCUGAUCCCUCCCCAGUCUCAAGGGUUCACCGCCAUCGUCCUCACCUAUGACCGAGUGGAGAGCCUCUUCCGGGUCAUCACGGAAGUGUCCAAGGUGCCCAGUCUCUCCAAGCUGCUGGUCGUCUGGAAUAAUCAGAAUAAAAGCCCUCCAGAAGAUUCUCUGUGGCCUAAAAUCCGGGUCCCGUUGAAAGUCGUGAGGACUGCUGAAAACAAGCUGAGUAACCGUUUCUUCCCAUACGAUGAGAUCGAGACGGAGGCGGUCCUGGCCAUCGACGAUGACAUCAUCAUGCUGACCUCCGACGAGCUGCAGUUCGGUUACGAGGUCUGGCGGGAGUUUCCUGACCGAUUGGUGGGUUACCCGGGCCGCCUGCAUCUCUGGGACCAUGAGAUGAGUAAGUGGAAGUAUGAGUCUGAGUGGACCAACGAGGUGUCCAUGGUGCUCACAGGGGCAGCUUUUUAUCACAAGUAUUUUAAUUACCUGUAUACCUACAAGAUGCCUGGGGACAUCAAGAACUGGGUGGACGCUCACAUGAACUGUGAGGACAUCGCCAUGAAUUUCCUGGUGGCUAAUGUCACCGGGAAGGCCGUCAUCAAGGUAACCCCGCGGAAGAAGUUCAAGUGUCCCGAGUGCACAGCCAUCGAUGGGCUCUCGCUGGACCAGACACACAUGGUGGAGAGGUCCGAGUGCAUCAACAAGUUCGCUUCGGUCUUUGGGACGAUGCCCCUGAAGGUGGUGGAGCACCGCGCCGACCCUGUCCUGUACAAGGACGACUUUCCCGAGAAGCUGAAGAGCUUCCCCAACAUCGGCAGCUUAUGAGGGCUACCCUCCUACCAGGGCAGCAGCUUCGGGCCCAAGCCACCUGCCCCCUUGCUCCAGAACUGGAACCCAGAAAGACGACGUGAGCACUUGAGCUGGGCCCCUGUGCUGUGUCCUGUGACGUCCACCGCGUCCUUUCAGAUGGCAGCCCUGGGCAUGCUCCCGGUUUCCAUCCCGCUCAGACGCCUUCUGUCUUCAGUCCUAGGAGAAAAGUCCAAAAGGAGGCCCGCUACAAGCCCGCCAGGCAGGGACACCUGCCAGCCCACUUGGAUUCGGGAGUUGUGACAGCUCCCUCGCGUCCACUAUCUCAUAGCAGUGAGUGCUUCGGGGGAGCGACCAGCCAGAACCUGGUGCAGAACCCAGACAUCUUAGCGGAGUUCGUCUCUGCCCUGGAACCUCGUUUGGAGGGACAGCACCAGCUGCCAAGUCAGAAGCCGCCCAGUUCUGUGAAUGAUUCCUCUUGGUUCGGCUUUUUGAUAUCAUUAAAAUUAUUUUUUAUUCCUUUU